UUUUGUGAACAGUUAGUUUAAGAACACAUGAAGAGCAAUCCUGAAUUAGACUGAAGGACUAUUUAGUCUAGUAUUCUGUAAAUGCAGAGGCCAACAUGUUUUCUUGUGGGAAAGCCUCCAGCAGGACAUCGAUGCAAAUUAUUAAAAAUAUGCCAAUAAUAACUGAUUAAACCCAUUUUUUUUAAUAAAGAAGGGGAAAUUAUAGCAUUUAAUUGUGGCCAUCUUGAUAAUUCAAGAUGGUGUUCUCUUGAACAAAGCUGUUGAACGUUUCGGUGCCUGUUUGUGUGGCUAAAGAAUGAUUAACUUCCGCUUGUUGUCUUUGGGUAUCUGGAAAAGUCCCAGAGUCCGGGGCAUCCGUAACACUAGGCUCCGAAACAGAGAUAGCUAGUGAAAGAUUUUUGUUGAGUUCAUGAAACUUCUGCAAUAGUUGCAGUGACUCUGAAGCUCUAUUAAGUCAUUUGUAUCUGUUCUUUCCUGUAGAUAUCAAAGCAGCGUGUACUAACAGCCAUAAAGAAAGAGUAUCAUGUGCAGCAGCUGAAAUGUUUCAGAAGCCGAAAAGCUUGACUUUGAAAACAGGUUUUUAAACAACCGGCCCCUUUCCCCAUGCAAGCAGCAACGGAGCUGUACUGGUCUCUGGAAGGGAGAGAGUCCAAGAGGGGAUGUGUUUGCACAAAAAUGCCUUCUUGUUGUCACACUGUGACUACCACAAGGGAAGAAGAGGUGGCCAAACUGGAAAAACACCUGAUGCUUCUCCGCCAGGAAUAUGUCAAGCUCCAGAAGAAGCUGACGGAGACCGAGAGGAAAUGCGCUCUUCUGGCUGCACAGUCCAACAAAGAGAAUGCCAGCGAUUCCUUCAUCACUCGACUCCUUUCCAUCGUAGCAGAGCUCUAUGAGCAGGAGCAAUACAGGUAA